ACGAACAUGGAACUGUCUACUUUAGAGCUGAUGUUAUGGGUAACACAGAAUCUAAAAAGACUUAAUUGUGACAAUAUUGAGCUAUUAAAUCACCACGUAGGACACAAAGUAAUGGUAGAAUUAGUUAAUGAUUCGGCUUGUCCUUUGUAUGCCGUAAUUUACUGGCGCAUCAGGAUUUGAUGUUUUCUGCAAAUGGAAGCCCCCCUGCAAAUUUCCUUAAUGGUAUGAUCUUCAUUACACUCACGGAAGCGAUUUCCAGCUGUCAGAUUUUGGUGAACCAGUUUCAGCCCUCAGUAGAAGGAACAUAUCUGUUAAAGUCACUUCAAAAUGGACUGUCCACGCUGGUUGCCUCUUGAGUCGAAUCCAGAAGUAUGUGUGCGAAUAUUUUCCGAUCUAUAUCGUUCAGUAGAUGUCAUUCAUUCACUAGCAUGUGAGUGCUAGCUAACCUGUAGCCAACAGAUAGAACAAAAGCUAAAACGUGUGUAACUGUUUUUCUAAACCUGAGUGGCAUUUUACUCAUGGGUUUUUGUGUUUUUAUUUCAGGUUAUGACCAAGGUAAGUACUCAUUACCUUACUCAGUUUAGCUCCGAUUAGGUUUUGUUAAAAAGCUGCAAUGAUACAAGGCCUACUCAGAAACAAUGCUACAUCUAAGGUAACGUAAGCAUUAAAAUAUAAGGUCGAUAAAAAGCACAAUUGUUUGAGUAAAUAUCAUGUGAUCAGAAUGUAUUGCUAAGUGAUAGUGAGAAUAUUUUAUGAACUGUGCUAGCUUCAUGUAAUUUUUACUAUAUAUUACUCUACAGUUGUGCAUAUCUCCUUGAUAAUGUCGAUGUAGGUGCUAUUUACUGUGAAACGCCAUCCUCUAGCUACGGUGGCCGAGAACCGCCACUGCUGCAAAUAAAAAGAGAAUGCAAAGAAAAAAAAAUUAAAGCCCGUUGGAAAUAAAAAAAGAAACGGUGCAGAUAAAAAAGCCACAACAGAAGUUAACGGCGGAAAAAAAAAAAAAAAAAAAAUGGCGAUGGAAAAAAAAAGUUACUUACUGCUAAAAUAAAAGGUUACAAAAAAAAAAAAAAGCCACAACAGAAGUGAGCUGUCAGGGACCAAUAAUGCUGACGCACCGGUGUUUUAUGAUCUAGGCACAGAAGACGACGGCAAGAAGACGAACAAAGAAAUUAUUGGAAAGGUUAUUGUUUAAUUUCGCUUCGUAAACUUUUCAGUGUGUCAUUUGGUUAGGCCAUAUAGCGCCUGAGUCAAUAUGAAGUUGAACUGAAGCUAACACUACACCGGCUUUCUCCAGUACAACUUCAUAUUGACUCAGGCGCUACAUGGCCUAACCAAAUGACACACUGAAAAGUUUACGAAGCAAAAUUAAACAAAAACUUACUUAUUUCUUUGUUCGUCUUCUCGCCAUCGUCUUCUGUGCCUAGGUCGUAAAACACUGGUGCAUCAUCAUUAUUGGUCCCCGACAGCUAACUUCCGUUUUGGCUUUUUUUAUUUACAUCCUUUUAUUUUCGGAGUAAGUAACUUUUUAUUUUUUUUGCAUCAACCCCUUUUUUGCGUCAUUAACUUCCGUUGUAGGUUUUCUUUUUCUUUUUUUUCUUUUUUUGCAUCAGUAACUUCCGCUGUGGUUUCCUUUUUUUGCAUUCUUUUUUAUUUGCAGCAGUGGCGGUUCUCAGCCACCGUAUCUAUCAAAUGGUAAUUUCGUAACUAUCUACCUUAACAUAGAAAAUUAGGUUUUAAAGGAUUACAUGCAAAGUGGGGACAACUUUUUUUUUACUUUAAAGGGUGUCUUCCCAUUAUAUACCGUACAGAAUAACAAUCGGAGAGUUAUGGACAUACGUCUACUUUUCAAACUAAUAAUAUGUUACAGGCUCACAUUCUGGUCUUUUAAGGGUUGAGUAGAACUCAGACCCUGUUAGGGUAACUUUUUUUAUCCAUAUGCAUACAAGUUACUCUCAGCUUUUGUGUAGUUUGUCAAUUGCUUGGGCAUGAGACCAACCUGGCAAUUCGGGGACGUGUAUGGAUUGGAUCCAGAGCUUCUCAGCAUGGUUCCAAGACCAGUGUGUGCAGUGCUGCUUCUCUUCCCUGUGACCGACAAGGUAUAUCUUAUUGAUGCAACUUCUUUAGGCAGUGUUUGACAUGCUACAAGUGUGAACAUAAAUGAAUAACAUCCUUUAUUUUGGCAUCACACAAUAGCUGCCCAAAUCCUUUUAAACUGAUUCCUUUUGUCUUCCUGCUCUGUCAAGUAUGAGGCAUUCAAGAAAGAAGAGGAGGAGAGACUGAAGGAUCAGGAGGUUUCUCCUGAUGUCUACUUCAUUAAGCAAACUAUCGGGAACGCCUGUGGAACAAUAGGAUUAAUCCAUGCUGUGGCCAACAACCAGUCUCACCUGGAGUUUGGUGUGUAGUAAUUAUUUGGCUAUUGUUAAGAUGGGAAAUGGGAUGAUGUGAAAGUUGAAUGUGGUUAACCAUGAUCACAAUAUGACUAUUACACAUGGGGUUUAUUCCCUAGAAUUUUACAGGUAUUUGGUUUUAUCAUAACACACAUGACAUAAUACCUUGCACAGCACCUUUUAUUGUAUUACAAUAGCAGUGUAUUUGAAUGUCUUUCAAACACUCUUACAUAUUGUUUCACUAGAUUUUAUGUUUUGAUGUCCUCUCUCUAUAGAGUCUGACUCACCUCUAAAGAAGUUUAUUGAACAAACCACAAAGAUGACUGCAGAAGAGAGGGCUGCUUUUCUAGAAAAAGAUGAAGUAAGAAAAUGGUGGAUUUUAUUUUCCUGUGAUAUUUCCAUAUCAAUCAUUUUUGUGUUUGCACUCAUUUAAUAUAUAUUUUUCAUACUUGUUAUUUCCUGUUACUUUGGUUACAAUUCUUAUUGUUCAGCUCUUGGGUUGUUCUAGUAGGGUAAUAUGUUUUUUGAGUUUUCUACUGAUGUUUGUGCUCUUCGGCUACUUAAGUGCCUCGAAAUAAGAUUUAGUUUGAACUUUAGCGCUAUAAAAAUAAAGACCCACUACCCAAAAUGUCUGUUACAGAACAUUAAAGCUACCAUUGACAAAAUUCCAAAGUUUUGAAAAUACAUGACUGUCUCUUUUUCCGUCCCUCUUUUUCAGAGUAUACGUGUUACACACGAAUCCAGUGCUCAGGAGGGACAGACUGAGGUCUGUGUUGAGUUUCAGAUGUUUCGGAUAUUGCCCUCAGUGGAGAAAUCAUUUUUGUGGUGCUGACUGUCUUUAAUUCCACAAACUUAAAGAUUUCUGUUUAUUUCUUGCUUGUUGUAGGCCCCAAGUUUAGACGAGAAAGUGAACCUGCAUUUUAUAGCUUUUGUGAAUGUCGGAGGACAUUUAUAUGAACUGGGUGAGUUUCCAUAAGUCUGCUCAUAAAUAAAACUGCAUAAGGGGAUUUGUCAUGUGGUUGAUUACUACAGCUGAAAUUUGACUUUGAUGAGGUUUUGUUUGUAUCUAGAUGGCAGGAAGCCUUCUCCUGUCGUCCAUGGAAAGACUUCAGAAGAUAAUUUCCUGGAGGUAAGACAUCACCGUAAAGAAAAAAUAUCCUCUUUGGAUGUUUAAUGUAUCAUUUUCCUAACGUGUUGAAUCGUCCUGCAGGAUGCCAUAGAGGUUUGUAAAAUCUUCAUGGCUCGUGACCCUCAGGAGGUUCGUUUCACCAUCAUCGCCCUCUCCAAAGAUUCAUACUGAGGAAGCUCCCUCAUGACCCUAGAAAACAAAGGAAGCAUGACUGCCAAACAUUCUCAAGUGCUGUCUUAAUCGGAAAUUUCAUAUUCUUUUUCUAAGCGCUUAAGCAACUGAUUUGGGGAAAAUGAUCAAAUGUCAGGGAAAUCAUUCUGAGUAGCAUUGUUGUUAUUCUGCACUUAUUCUGGUUGGAGAAAUUUGGGUGCUGCUUUGUGGCUAAAAUAGAUCAAAAUCUUCCAUUUUCUCUCUGUUGAAACAUUUCCAUCAUUGAAAAACAGAUGUAAGCUGUACAAUAUUGACGUUGCACUAAAUUUUGUUUACAUGGCUUGUUUGGCUUUCAUUUGAAAGAAUUUUGUUUGACACUGAGGGAUCCUUGGAUGUUUUUGAUCAGAGGUAAUUUAGUUUUUGAUCAUAUGUCGAACCACAUGGUCAAAUUCUGCUGAAGAAACACAUUUCGCUGCUGUAAGUGCAGUCAUGGCUUUUGAAGCAGCAGAUAUGCUUGAUGCUGUUGAAUGCAGUAAUGAUGCUAUAAAAGGCUCUUAAAGAAAUUAGAAAGGUCUUCUGUAAGUGAGGCUCACUGAGACUGUACAUCCAUGAGGAGGUGCCUACAUUUUUGUAAUAAGAAUCAAAUUCUGACAAAUAAAAGGCAAAUUUAAUAAAAAUGUACUUCUGCUUC